AUGAUAAAAAACUUAAUAAAAAAAAGCUUAAACGAUUCAUAUGUAUACGAAUACAUUAAAUUAUAAUAAAAUAAUCUUGAUUGCAUUCUCAUUAAAGAUCCAUAAGCAGAUAAAAGUACAUGUUCACUAACCGUAAAUGUCGGUAGCUUAGAAGACCCUCAGCAUUUAUAAGGACUAGCUCAUUUUUGUGAACAUAUGUUAUUUUUAGGAACAUAAAAAUAUCCACAAGAAAAUCGUUUUUCAUAAUUCUUUAAAUCUCCUUUGUUUACUGAAAGUUGUACUUAGAGGGAAUUAUAGGCAAUAAAUAACGAAAAUAAAAAGAAUUUUUUAAUAGACGCAAGAAGAUAAUUUUAAAUAAUUCGAAAUAUGAGUAAAUAGGAUAAUGCUUUUGGAAAGUUUUCAACGGGAAAUACUGAAACUCUUUUAAAAAAUGAUUUGAGAGAAAAUUUGAUUUUGUUUUAUGAAAAAUACUAUUCUGCUAAUCUUAUGAAAUUGGCAAUAUAUUCUAAAAAUGAGAAUUUGGAAAAAUACCUGGAUUUUUUCAAAGAAAUAAAUAACAAAAAUUAACCAAAUCCAAUAUAUAAAGAAUUUCCUUUUGAAAAAAAAACACUGUCUAAGUAUAUUAAAUACAUACCAGUUUAAAAAGAUCAUAGGAUUAAUUUUAAGUGGUACCUAAAUUUUGAUCAAGAAGAUUAUAAAAAUAAAAAUUUUGAUUUUUUAUAACAUUUAUGGGGACAUGAAGGGCCUAAUUCUUUACUUUCUUUACUCAUAAAGGAAGAUUUAGCUUUCGAAUUAUUUUCUGGAAGUUCAGUUUAUAUGAAAAAUUUUGUAGAAUUUAAUGUAAAUAUAACAUUAAGUGAAUAAGGUUAGAAGAAUAUUACAAAAGUGGUUUAAUAUGUGUUUUAUUUCUGUUAAUUUUUAAAAGAAAUAAAAGAGGAAUAAUUUUAAAGGAUUUGGAAGGAAAUUAAAUUAAUGAAAAAUAUUUUGUUUGAUUUUAAAGAAAAAAGUGAUCCUUUAAAUUUAGUGGUUAAUUUAAGUAAAAUUAUGCAUGAUUUGCCUAUAGAAAAUGUACUUUAGUAUCCUUAUUUAAUGGAGACUUUUUCUUUUGAAAAAAUAUAAGAAAUUGUUUAAAAUUUUACUUUAGAAAAUUUGCUUAUUGUUCAUUCUUCACCUUUGUUUUCUUAAGAAGAAUGUAAUUUAAUAGAAAAUCAUUAUCAAACAAAUUAUUCUAUUUAAAAUUUUUCAUAAGAAAUUGAAUAGAUUUACCAAAAUCCUUUAAAUUGUACAAAUAUAGGUCUUCCUCCUAAAAAUAUAUUUAUUCCGGAAAAUUUCGAAGUCAUAAAAGAAGAAAGCGUGGGUAAUUUUCCAAAAAUAAUUUAUGAAAAGGAAAAUAUGAGAGCGUAUUUUAAAGGCGAUGAUGGCAUAUUUAAAACUCCAAAAGGGGUUUUUCAACUGAAUAUAUAUUAUAAAAUUUAAAACAGUUUUUUAUUUACUAAAGAAGAAAGAAUACUUUUUAAUUAUAUUUAUUAUUCUCUUUUUAAAAAUUUCAUUAGAGAAAUUUAAUAUAUGGCAUAAUUGGCUAAUUUAGUGGAUUCAUAUUUGUUCUAAAGAAGGAAAAUAACGUUAAAUUGUCAAGGAUUUUCCGAUAAAUUAUUAGAUUAUUCAUAUGAAAUAGUUUAAAAAUUAAUUUCAUUUAAUAGUUAGAAUAAUUAAGAAUUUUUCGAAUUUUCUAAUUUUGAGAGGUUUUUGUAAAAAAAACUUUUACUUUUGCAAAACUUUUAUAUAUAAUCUCCUCAUAAUUUCGAAGACCAUUUUUGUAAUAAUCUUUUAGAUAAUAAUACUGAAGAAAAAAUAAAAUUAUUUAUUUAAUUUAAGAUAAUUCUCCUUAAAAAUUAUAUGAAAAAUUCCUUGUUUAUAUAAAUAAUUUAUUAUUUAAAAGUUUUCUUGAAUUAUCCUUUAUUGGCAAUUUUUAAUAAAAAAAGCUAUAGAUUUUUCUGA